GCAGCUGUUUAGAAUUUUCUUUAAGAUUAUGUAAAACGGAUAAAACUUCAUCAUGGAUUCAAAUAGAAGUCCAUUGAAUAAAAUCCAGGAGAAAAAAGACAAUAUGGAUGAUUAUGAAGAACAUGAAAGUUUACUGGAUGUACACGUACGCGAUCAACAUUGUGUUACUCAAAUUUUCAUACAGGGUAUGAAAUGUCAAUCAUGUGUACGUAAAAUUGAAGAGAAUUUGAAAAGCAAGCUCGGAGUAGUGACAAUUAAAGUGAUUCUCGAUGAAAAGUUAGCAAAUGUCGAAUACGAUCCAACACUUACAAAUCCAGCGGAUAUUUCACAAUCAAUUGUUAAUCUCGGAUUUAAUUCAUACACAAGCGAAAACAGUAAUAACAGUGAAAUUAGUUUAACAGUUUACAUCAAUGGGAUGCGAUGCAAGAAAUGUGUGAAUAAUAUCGAAUCAAAAAUUUCAAUUUUGUCUGGCGUUGUAAAAAUUAAAGUUGAAUUAGAAGAUAAAUUGGCCAAUGCAACGAUUGAUAAAAAUGUGAUAUCAGCCAAUGAACUUGUUGCCGCAAUCGCAAAUCUCGGAUUCAAAGCAAGUUUAAAUCCAAUAAAGGAUGACGAAAUUAAAGAAACAAACUCAAAAACUGAAGCAGACAAUGCAACAAGUAGCAUCAAUAAUAUUAAGAAAGGAUAUUUUCAAGUUCAAGGAAUGACAUGUGCGAGUUGUGUGUCAGCGAUAGAGAAACACUGUCGGAAAAUUGUUGGAGUUGAUUCUGUUUUGAUAUCACUUUUAGGUGCAAAAGCUGAAAUUAAAUAUGACGAGAAGUUAGUAAAAGCUGAAGACAUUGCAGCAUCCUUAACAAGCCUUGGCUUUCCUACCGAAGUUAUUUACGAACCCGAUGCAGGUCUUAACAGUGUUGAAAUAGAAAUUCGAGGAAUGACAUGUGCAUCAUGUGUAAAUAAAAUUGAACAAUCAGUUUUGAAGAUCAAAGGUGUGACGAAAGCGUCAGUCGCAUUGACAACCCAAAGGGGAAAAUUUGAAUACAACAGUGAAGAGACGGGACCAAGAGAAAUCUCUGAACUCAUAUCUGACUUAGGAUUCGAAGCAACAGUGCUAAGCAAGCGAGAUAAAAUGUCUUACGGUUAUCUUGAAAAUAAACGAGAAAUUGCUAAAUGGCGGAAUACUUUUUUGUUUUCACUCGCUUUCGGUGGUCCCUGCAUGAUUGCAAUGACAUAUUUCAUGAUAAUGAUGGAAAUAGAAGGACAUGAAAAUAUGUGUUGCUUGCUUCCGGGCCUUUCACUUGAGAAUCUUGUAAUGUUUGUUUUGUCAACGCCAGUUCAAUUCAUCGGCGGAUAUCAUUUUUAUAUUCAAGCUUAUCGAGCGUUAAAGCAUGGAAGUAGCAACAUGGAUGUGCUUAUUAGUAUGGCAACAACAAUCAGUUAUUUAUAUUCUGUCAUUGUCUUAUCAAUUGCCAUGCUUCAAUCUCAUAAAACUUCACCACUAACAUUCUUUGAUACACCAGCGAUGCUUUUUAUUUUCGUUUCUCUUGGUCGUUGGUUGGAAAACAUUGCAAGGGGAAAAACGUCGGAAGCAUUGUCAAAAUUAUUGUCACUUAAGCCGACAGAUGCUUUGAUUGUUUCGAUUGGAAAGAACAAUGAAGUGUUAAGCGAGAAGCCAAUUCCAGUUGACUUAAUUCAACGUGGUGACAUUUUGAAAGUUGUGCCCGGUACAAAAAUACCCGUCGAUGGAAAAGUUAUUCUCGGAUCGUCAUCGUGUGAUGAAAGUUUAAUUACAGGAGAAUCAUUUCCUGUUGUGAAACGUGAAGGUUCAGUUGUCAUUGGCGGUUCUUUAAAUCAAAACGGUUUGUUAUUAAUGGAAGCAACGCACACUGGUGAAAACACAACAUUAGCACAAAUUGUUCGAUUAGUUGAAGAAGCACAAACGUCAAAAGCUCCAAUUCAACAAUUAGCAGAUAAAAUUGCUGGUUUUUUUGUUCCAUUUGUAAUCAUCGUGUCAACAAUAACAUUAAUUGGAUGGAUCAUUAUCGGUUAUAUAAACAUUGACUGGCUGCCAAUCUCAACAUCAUCACGACAAGGAUUCUCUGAUAUUGAAAUUAUUAUGACUUACUCAUUCAAAUGUGCAAUAAGUGUUCUUGCAAUUGCAUGUCCUUGUGCUUUAGGACUUGCAACACCGACGGCAGUUAUGGUUUCAUCAGGAAUUGGAGCUUUAAAUGGAAUUUUAAUUAAAGGUGCUGCACCAUUGGAAAACGCACAUAAAGUAAAGACAGUUGUCUUUGAUAAAACUGGAACAAUUACUUAUGGAAUGCCGAUGGUAUCAAAAUGUACGAUGUUUGUUAAGCCAAAAAUUUGUUCACUUGCGAGAGUUUUAACAUGCAUUGGAACUGCUGAGAAUAAUUCGGAACAUCCAAUUGCGACGGCUGUUGUUAAAUAUGUUAACGAAUUUCUUCAGACCAACUCUUUGGGAAAAUGUUCAAAUUUUAUUUCUGUUCCUGGAUGUGGCAUUAGAUGCACAGUGUCAAAUAUUGAACGAGCUGUCACAGCUGCUUCAAGAUCUGAGAAAUACAUAAACUUUGAAAACUCUUACAAAAGUAACAUCUCAAGAAAGGAUAAAGUGUUGAGAACACUUGACAAUGUGAUAUUUGAAGAGUUAAUUCCUGACACAAAUGAACUUAACGACUCAAUUGUCGAAGAUAAUAAUUCGGAGAAGUUUUCAAGCUUUAAUGAAUUAAUUGUUUUAAUUGGAAAUCGUGAAUGGAUGCACAGAAAUGGGAUUAUAAUACCAGCAGAAGUAAAUCAAAUGCUGAUAACGGAAGAGUCGUGUGGAAACACGGCGAUACUUUGUGCAUUAAAUAACACUUUGAUGUGCAUGAUAUCGGCAGCAGAUAUGCUGAAGUCAGAAGCAAUGUUAGCGAUUUACACGCUCAAGAAAAUGAACAUUAACGUUAUCUUGUUAACGGGCGAUAAUAAAAACACAGCAAGUAGCAUUGCGCAACAAGUUGGAAUCAGAACAGUUUACGCUGAAGUGCUUCCUUCUCACAAAGUCGCAAAAAUUCAAAGACUUCAAGAAUCUGGCGAUCGUGUUGCAAUGGUUGGUGAUGGUGUCAAUGAUAGUCCCGCUCUGGCACAAGCUGACGUUGGUAUUGCUAUUGGAAAAGGAACAGACGUUGCUGCUGAAGCAGCCGAUGUUGUACUUAUGAGAAAUGAUUUAUUGGAUGUAGUCGCAUGUUUAGAUCUUUCAAGAAAAACUGUGAAAAGAAUUCGAUUAAAUUUUCUUUUCGCAAGUAUGUAUAACAUUCUGGGGAUUCCCAUUGCUGCAGGUGUUCUAAGUCCAUUUGGUAUCAUGCUUGAACCGUGGAUGGCAGCAGCUGCUAUGUGCUUAAGUUCAGUUACCGUUGUUUGUGCAUCACUUUUAUUAAAACUUUACCGUAAACCAACUAAAGCAUCUUUAAUGACGGAAGAUUUCAUGGUUUAUGCUCAAUGUAUGAAUAAUAAUCUUGAUGAUAUAUCGAUACAUCGAGGUAUUGACGAUAUUCCACGACCAAAUUUCAAUUUAUCUAAUAGUUCCAUAGUGUCAAGGAUUAUCACAACGAUUCGAGGUGGAAAUGAGAAAGACAUGAAGACUCAACACUUGUUAGCAGAAGACGAUGACUAUUUAAAUCUACAAAUAUGAAAUUUACAACAUUUAAAUCCACUUGAUUAAUUUUUUAAUAGUUUAAACCAUGUUAAAGAAAAUCAUUAAUCAUAAUAAAGACAUCAACAUGUUUUAUAUUUUAUCUUACGUUUCUAAGAAGAAAAAAGUUUAUUAAAUUGCUAUUUGUUUACAACAUAUACAACAGUCGAAGUAUUUUUACUACUCUUUUCCUUUCAGUGGUUUAAAUGGAUCACUCCAUACUCUCAUGUUCCCCGGCUGAACUUCUUCCUGAUUAAUUCCCUGUCGAUUCCUUUUUUGAAUUUCUUUAUACUUUUGAGGAUUUCUCAUUGGUUCAAUGAUUAUUGGAUAGAUUGCAAGACCAAUAAAACCUACGAUUGACCCAAUAAAGGCAGCGUAUUUCCAUCCUUUUAAUAACACCGGUGCCAUAGCUAUAUUCUUAUUAGAAUUUAAAAAUCGAAAAUUGUUCCAAUUAUUUACUUUUUUACGGAGCC